AUGUAUCAGUUCAAAACAUCCGAAGGACACACAACAAAUCUCAACCCAAUCAUACAAGAAUUGCUAGCAUGGGCGUACAUAGUCCUCAUCACUGGUACGGCAGACAACACCCUUCCCUACUGCGGCAAAAACGCAGUGCCACGGUGCGUGGAACUGGAGCAUGUGUUCCAUUGUUCAUACCAUCCAGAGGUAUACUGCCUUGACAAGGAAGGGAAGACAUGUGUCUUGUGUGAGGAAGGCGAGAGACGAUUCGAGAUGAACCAACUAAAGGUGAAGAGAUCCGUUCGAGACGCACAAGUCGCGGCAGCUCUCGCCGCCAGAGCAGAUACUAUGGCGACGGGAAAGGUCCGGUGGGAUGACAAGCUUCCCACCGUUGACAAGCUUGCGAAAACGGCGGCCAAAAAACCUCAGCAGGCUCUAAAAACGGGAAACUCUCAAAACAUGGAGUAUGGAAUAGCGGAGAAGAUCUGGAAGGGACCCAAAGGAAAAAGUCCGGCAAAGGUUCAGCAUACGGAAGCAAUCAAAGCCGACGAGACUUUCCAGGCCGAACAAUACAAAGCAAAGGUCAAACCCAAACUCCGAAUUCAGCGAGGACGAUGA